AUGGAAGAUCCACCACUACAGCCUAUUGUGGCCGCUCAGGGCUCGAAGACCCACUCAAUAGCUAAAUUCCUGGAUUGGAAGCUCAAACAGGUGUGGGGGAAAGAGUCAUACCUCAUCAAGGACUCCUGGGAAUUUUUGCGGGGAGUUACCAACGAGUUGUAUAGGCCUAAUCUAACGUUUUUAACAAUAGAUGUGGUGGAUUUGUUUUCAGUUAUUCCCACUGACGUGGGAUUGGAAUGGUUGGAGGAGGCCCUAUGGGAGUGUGCAGGGAUUAGAGGGAACGAUGUAAACAUGAUUAUGACCUUGGUAGAGUUGGUAUUACAAAACAACUAUAUAUGCUAUGGGGGUGAGUACUUUAAACAAACCACUGGGGUGUCAAUGGGGGCUAAUUUUGCUCCAACUUAUGCAGAUAUUAUCAUGGCUGUCUGGGAGAAGAAAUUUGUUCAUAACAGUGGUUUUGAGAAAUACUGGAUCCACUACUCUAGAUUCCUGGACGACAUCUGCAUUUUUUGGGUAGGUCCCCCGGAGACCAUCCAGGAGUUCAUCACCUAUAUUAGGGGUACCACAAGUUUUCUAAAUUUUACCUACGAGACAUCUGAGGAAUCUGUUCAUUACUUAGAUGUAACUAUACGUAAAGAGACAGUAGGGUUUACCUCAACAGUAUACAGAAAGCCAACCUUUUCAAACAGUUACCUGCAUUUCUCUAGUUCACACCCAGAGUUUCAGAAGAGGGGUAUUAUUAAGGGACAGUUCGUCAGGGCCUCACGCAUGACAUCUCAGGAAAACCAAUUCAAUAACGAAUGUGACAAGUUGACAACUAUGUUCAUGGACAGGGGGUACCCCGAAACCAUGAUCAAUUCGGUAAAAGAAGAGGUUUUUAAAGGCAGAACUACAAGAUUCAAGCCUAUUUUGGGACAAGAGAGUUCAGUUAUUGAGCAGGAGAAUGAUAAGGAGAGCAAAAUUCAUGUCUACCUCUUGCGGGAGUCAUACCUGCAGAGGUUGGAAUGUGCAGAAGAUGGCCCUGAAUGGAAAAAGACUGAAAUCUGUCAGGAGUUAGGAGAUCACUUGUCAUCACUGAAAGGGAUUCCCUGCUUAGGACAGCACUGUUGGCAUAGCUAUGAUGACUUCCAGAAUCUGAGCUUAACAGUUCCUGGCCUGACCACUGGGAAGAAAUACAUAUUCCAUGUGAAAUCAGUCAGUCCUGCUGGACUUAGUAAACCCUCUCAAGAUUCGGAGCCUAUCAUUGUUAAUGCAGCUAUUGCUCCCCCGUCAGCCCCGUAUUGUUUUGUUUUGCUCUACUGUGGGAAGAAUGAAAUGAUCGUGGGGUGGCGAGCCCCUCAAUUCAGAGGAGGAGCGGCAAUUUUAGGUUAUUUCCUGGACCAGCUUAAUAUUUCAGAAGGAGAAUGGCAUUCAUUCAAUGACAAACCCCUUCCUAAAACAGUGUGCAAGGUUGGUAAUUUAAAAGAAGGCCAGUUUUACAGAUUCCGUGCAUGUGCAGUGAACUUGGCCGGAGUGGGGAAAAUGUCAAGUCCAAGUGAUGAAUUUAUAUGUGAAGAAUGGACAAUGGCUCAGCCUGGACCACCAUUUGAUGUAAGGUACACUGAAGUGAGAAGCACCUCCCUAAUGCUACACUGGGACCCCCCAUUUUAUACUGGAAAGAGUGCAGUUACUGGCUAUUUUGUUGAAGUCUGUGAGAUGGGGAAAGAGGAAUGGAAACCUGUUAACAAGAAUGCUGUAUGCGGUACACAUCUGAAGAUUCCUAACCUGGAGACAGGAAAGGGUUAUAGUUUCCGUGUACGUGCUGUGAACUCUGCUGGAGUUGGUGAACCUUCUGCACCUUCAGACCCAGUAUUAGCAGAAACGAGACCAGGUACCAAGGAAAUUGAAGUUGAUGUUGAUGAAGAUGGUUUCAUUUUCUUCUCAUUUGAGACCCCUGACCUCUCAGAUUCCUCAGAGUUUAUCUGGUCAAAAGACUAUGAGGAUCUGGCAGAUUCUGACAGAGUGAAGAUGGAAUCAGAUGGAAACAGGUCUAAACUGAUCUUAACUAAUCCAUCAGAGCAAGACCUUGGCACAUAUUCAGUGGAGGUGACAGAAACAGAUGGCAUAUCUUCAAGCCAUACAUUAACACCUGAAGAACUAGAAAAACUACUGGCUCGAAGCCAUGAAAUCAGGAAUCCAUUAAUCAAGUUAAUAUCAGGUUGGAAUAUUGACAUUCUCGAGAAAGGUGAAGUGCGUCUCUGGUUACAAGUGGAGCCUUUAUCUCCUGAUGCACAAAUAAAGCUUAUUUUUAAUGAAACACCAAUGUCCAGCACACCGACUCGCCAGAUAAAAUAUGACAAACCAAAAGGUCUGGUAGAAAUUAUCAUAACAGACUUCUCACGCAAGGACGAAGGAUCUUAUACUGCUCAGAUCCAGGACGGAAAGCCCAAGAAUCAGUUCACAUUGGUACUCAUUGAUGACAAAUUCAAAGAUGUUUUGGAUAGAUCUGAUUUCCAAAGGAAAGAAUGGAAGAGAAAGCAAGGGCCACAUUUUCUGGAAUAUUUGAAAUGGACAGUUACUGAAGAAUGUGAAAUCCUGUUCACUUGCAAGAUAACAAACACAAGGAAAGACACGCAGUUUAAAUGGUUUAAAGACGGCAAAGAACUUAAAGAUGGCCAAUGUGAUUUCCAGACUGGAGCUUGCUCCCUCCUUCUUAAAGAGUUUACAAAGAAUACAGAGGGUGUAUAUAAAGCAACUGUUUCGGAUGCCAGAGGAGAAGACGUCAGUGAACUUAAUUUGACUGGCAAAGGUCUUGAGGACCUCAUAAGGGAAAUCUGUAGAGUAAGUGCCUUGACAGCAGGUCCCUUGAAAAUCCAAAGCACAGCUGAAGGCAUCAAACUUUAUUCCGUACUAAAGUGUUACGUGGAUGAUUUGAAAACCACCUGGUUUCAUAAAGAGAAGAAGUUGGAUUCUUCACAGAGAAUUAAGAUUGGAAGCAGUCCAACCCAGGUAUGGAUGCAUAUUGGCAAUCCCACUGAAGCAGAUAAAGGCAAAUACACACUAGAACUUUUUGAUGGAAAAGAAAAACAUAAACGAACAUUGGAUCUCUCAGGACAAGCUUUUGCUGAUGCUAUGGCUGAAUACCAGAGAUUGAAGCAAGCUGCAUUUGCAGAAAAGAACCGUGCAAGAAUUGAACAAGGAUUGCCUGAUGUUGCUACCAUCAUGGAAGAUAAGACCCUGAUUCUGACAUGUUCCGUGUCUGGAGAUCCAGCCCCUGAAGUCUCCUGGCUGAAAAAUGAGAAGCCUCUUCCAGUUGAGCGUUGUGAAGUGUCCAUCAAGGGAAAGAUUGUUACACUCACUAUCAAACAGGUUACUGGUGAAGAUUCAGGAAUGUAUGAACUCCUCGUCAAGAACAAACAUGGAUCAGAGAGUGUGAAAGUCACUGUAAGUGUUUACAAACAUGGAGAAGAACCUUUGGAGGCCCACAAACUAGCUUUAGGGCAGUCAGGAAAAGCACUUUAAAGACAAAAACACGUAUACCAUUUAAAGUGGAAGUGACCUGAUAAUGUACCGUGGAGAAUAAUACAAUAAAAAAGCUUUCCUGUAACGAAAAUUGAACAUGUAGUCAAUAGGCAAAAUUAAUGUAGUAUUAGAUACUUCUAUAAAUAAAUAAUGCACUAAAGCAGAAAUGCAUAUUAUUAUUGAUGUUACCACUGCAUAUUGUAUUCUGUUUCAAACCAUUUUGCUUAUGUUGUAACUGAAAUUUUUGAUGUGUAUGUUAUGUUUUGCUAUUUUUUAUGAUCGCAAUAAUUAAUAAAUAAGCAUGGCUUUAAGAUAGCAGUGCAACACAUUUGCACAAAAAUUUCUUGACCUUAAGGAUUUUUCUACAAAACGUUUAGGCACGUCUGAAUUUCAUGUCAUGGUAAAUAAUGUAGUUAGAUAAAAUGUGCAGUAUACUUUCCUAGUGCCUUGUUUUUCACAAGAAAAUGCAUAGUUGUCACAGCAUUUUAAAAGUGAAAUUGCAUAAAAAAGAAGAAAAAUGCAAAAUUACUUGGUAUUGCACUGUAGGAAAAAAAAACUAGUUUCACAGACAUGGUCAUACAUGAUCAGAGUACAUGGGGAAAAACAUUUGGUAAAGCUAAUUUUAUUCUACUGGUCUUUUUUUUAUUAUUGAUAGCCCAACAAUUUUUACUGUGCUGUGUUUUAAGCUUCCAUUAUUCUUUUUAUCAUGAACAGUUCAGCAAUUUUUACUGUGCAAUGUUUUUUAAGCUCAAAGUUUUAUAUGGACACUAGCAUAUAGAAAAGAGAAUAAACAGCAUAAGGAAUAUUUGUUUCUACUAAUCUGUGAUAUGGCACCUCAAAUAUUUUGUUCAGUUCUGGAAACUCUCAUUUCCAAAUGUGUAUUGUUUAGAUAAAAGCAAAAGUAAAGUGAUGUAAGCAAUAUGCAAAGGCUGCAUUUUAAGUCAACAUGUCCUGUGCGAAUGUAGCCAGGAGUGGAAGAUGCAGGGUAGGUAAAAGAACUCUAGAGGUCUAAUAAAGAUAAAGUGCAAAAGGAAAACUUUAUUCAGAAGGAUAUGUCUCUAGAGCAGAUUAAUACACCUGGGCCCAAUUAAGGUCAUUAAGGACUACCCGAGGGAAGUAGAUGUGCAUCUAAAACGUGUAAUUCUGGAGCAGUUUCAAGCAAGGAAGAAUGAUGGUGUGAUUACAAAAAUGGCCAGGAAAAGCAUAAGGAAAUAUGAGAAGGAAAGAAGGGAGAGUGAAGAAUCAUCAGUGGGUGGCUCAAGUAGGACUUAAAUAAAGGCCAUGAGGUAAGUCGACUUAUGGACUUUGAGGCCCUUGUAUGACACUGGGUCUGGUUUCCAGAUAUAUAUACAGCAUGUAUAAGAAUUAUGCUCUGUUAAUGUAAACCAGAUUAAUAAAAAUCAGGUCUGCCUUUUUCCUCAUUUGUGUAUGUAGCCCUGGAGGUGAUUAUAAUUAAGUUAUGAGCAUAUGGAGGGAAAGCCCCUACCGGGGGGGGGGGUUUAUGGACCCUCUCCAAAAAAUUGCUAAAGGGUUACACCUGUAAUGGAUAAAAAGGCAAAAAAAGACAGUCUGAAGAAGUCAAGACUUUUUUUAUUUGUUUGUUUUUAUUAAUGCAGCAUAAAUAAA